UGGAACGGCUCAGAAAUGACUCCACAGGACUCCGCAGACCAAGCUGCGAUGAUGGGGAAGGUUCCCUCAUUCUCCCCCGGCUCCACAGUGAGCUCUGCUCUGCCCGGCUACGUCGCUUUCUGCCUCGCUCUGCAGGUUCACAGGCUGGCGUCAGCACAAUUCACAGUGACUGGACCUGACAGUCCAAUCGCUGCCUCUGUAGGUGGGGAGGCCGUCCUGCCCUGCCACCUCUCCCCCAGGAUGAGCGCUGAGAACAUGGACCUGAGAUGGUUCCGAUCCCAGUUCUCUGCAGUUGUGCACCUGUACAGUGGUGGGCAGGAUCAGUACAGACAGCAGAUGCCGGAAUAUCAAGGAAGAACUGAGCUCUUGAAAGACAACAUCACCAAUGGGAGUGUUUCCCUGAGAAUACGCGAUAUCCGACCCUCCGAUGAUGGACAAUACAAAUGUUUUUUUCAGUCCAGUGUCUCUUAUGAAGAUGCUAUAUUGGAAGUGCAGGUGGCAGGGCACUGUAGGAUUAUCACAAAUUCAUUUAUUUCUUCUGUAGGUUUGGGCUCUGCUCCUGUCAUCUCUGUGGAGGGACAUCAAGAUGGAGGGAUCCGGGUUAUAUGUCGAUCAGCCGGAUGGUACCCAAAGCCCGAGGUGCUGUGGAGAGAUCUCCAGGAUCAGAACUUACCAUCAGCCUCUAAAAAGAUAUCCCAAGAGGCCAAUGGCCUGUUUCAAACAGUGGUUACCACUGUUAUAAGAGAAGAAUCCAACCAGAAAGUUUCCUGCUGUGUCAGGAACCCGCGACUCAACCAGGAGAAAGAGUCAGCAAUUUCCAUAGCAGAGCUGUUUUUCCCGAGGAUCAGUCCCUGGAUGGUGGCUCUAUGGGUGAUCCUGGCUCUCCUGGCUGUUCUCAUUGGCCUGGCCAGUUACUGCUUCUGGAGGCAACACAGAACAAAAGAGACACUGCGAUCUGAACUGGAGAGUGAGAAAGACAAACUCCAGGCUGAGCUCAGGUGGAGAAGCGCCCAGCUCUACGCAGGUACUGUACAUACCACUGGUGUUUUAUCCAUGGUGAGACCCACCUCCCCCUGGAGCUCUCUGCUCCUUUCCCUGCACAGAGCAUUUUCCUAUGACAUUCAAUAGGCUGGAAACAGCAAUGUCACUGGGGUGGACGG